AUGUUGAUGGGCUGGUCAGGUGACGCAAAGCAGAUUGUAACCCAGAUCACUGGGCAGCGUCAUACGGAGGACAGGAAGUUCCCGGAGAAGUUCAGCAAGUUUCGAAAGGAUCUGAAGGCUCGCACUUUGGCAUGCCUUUCGGGCACCCAGCGGGAGCUCUUCCAAGCGAGGCUGACGGGAAGUCUGGAGUGGCAGAAGUACGAUCCAAAGACUGAGAAAUACUCUGCCAGGACCCCGAUGAACUCGUAUGACGUGCUGAAGUGCAGCCAGGCUUGCUUCCACCUCUUUGAAUGGUUGCGGUCCCUUCUGCCAGAGGAGGACCGACCCCCUCGCUACGUGGAAUCAGACAUGGAGGCAUAUCAGCAGAAAGAAAGCGACGCAAGAGGAGCGCAGCUCUGA